GAGGCCCCACACUGGCUGAGCAAUUGUAAGCGAGCUGUUGUUAUGGUUAGAUGUCGAGGGAAAAGUUGGGCUCACUUGAGCAUGAACAUCCAUCAUGCUGCAUUGGAGGCUCUCGGGAUUUUGGAAUUGAAUACUCCGUCUGGAAUGGUCGCUUAUGAAUGCACGUAUUGCAACUGUGGAUUAGUUUUACUUUUAAGGCGCUUUUGGGGGAGCUGAAGUUGCUCCGACAAAGUGGCAAGCGUGCGUGAUUGGCAGGUAUGAUCUAAACCUACUCUUGAACAGGAUCAACCUUGCAAUUUGUCCGAGGGAUUACAAGAGGACAUGGCGAGUGAGAGAAAACCACGGCUCUGUGUGAUGACAAAAGGGGAGCAAGGAUAUGGCUUUCACUUGCACGGUGAGAAAGGCAAAACUGGACAGUUUAUCCGCAAAGUGGAGCCCGGCUCGGCUGCAGAGGCGGCGGGUUUACGCGCGGGGGACCGUGUGGUUGCGGUGAACGGUGUGAACGUGGAGAGAGAGACGCACGGCCAGGUAGUACAGAGGAUCAAGGCCGUGGACAAUGAGACGAGGUUACUGGUUGUGGACCAGGAGACGCACGAAUAUUUGCGCAACCUACGCCUGACAGCCACAGAGGAGAUGGCAGUCCCCGGGGAGGAGCCGCCUCCCCCGUUCUCACCCCCCGAUCCUCCCAGUCCUGCCCCAACUUCACUCCCAUCCUCCCCUGGCAAGACCAAGCAUGAAGAUGGGAGGAACGGUUCUGCGAUGCUGCAGUCCAUGCUGCAGAGGAGUAAGAGUUAUCAGGUGCCCAAGAACACCAAGAGGUUACCAUCUUUAGCUGCCAAGAAGGAGGUUUCCAUCCGUGCUGUAGUCCCCACUCAGGCACAGUCACGGCUCCAUGGUGACCCAUCGGAGCUCGCACCACGUCUGUGCCACUUGGUGCGGUCGGAGACGGGCUACGGCUUCAACCUUCACAGUCAUCGGUCCAGGCCGGGCCAGUACAUCCGCUCGUUGGACACGGGUUCACCUGCAGACCAAGCCGGGCUUCGACCUCAGGAUCGAAUCAUUGAGGUAAAUGGCGUGAACAUCGAAGGCAUGCGGCACUCCGAAGUGGUGGCCUUCAUUAAAAAAGGAGGCAAUGAGACCUGGCUGCUGGUUGUGGAUCCGGAUGCUGAUGAGUACUUCAAGAUGAAAGGCAUCAUCCCCACCGCUAGACAUGUGAAAGAUUACGACGGUCCCUCCAUCUCCAAUGGCUCCCACAGUCCUCUGAUGAAUGGCAGCUCCACCUCACAUUCCAUCCGGUCAAUGACCUCAGACCACAGUAACGGCACACAGCCGGCGAGCGACGAGCGAGGUCGAUUCUCGGACCCGUUCGCCGAGAUAGGUCUGAGUGCCACGGCAGCCGAGGAAAAGCGGAAGCUCCACGCCAAAGAGAAGAGGCGGGCACCGCAGAUGGACUGGAUGAAAAAAUAUGAACUAUUCAGCAACUUCUGAGGAGACACCUUCAGACUGACAAGAGGAUAAAUACCAUGACAAGACAAAGAAACCUGAGGAAUAAUUUUAAGGAGCGACAACAAACAUUUUAACCUGACUCCUCUAUUUUUUUAUACAUAUAUAUUUAAAGUGGACAAUGUGCUAAAUAAGCAUUGUGGAGGCAGCGUAAGCUCAUGAUGACGUCAAAGAUGAAAUGCAGAUAAUCAAUGUGACAGGGUGGACGACCUUCACCUCGAGCGUUGUCAUCAAUAACUGGUGACUCAGAAGCUGUUCAACAAACUUUUGUUCUGGCCUUAGGUUGUUUUUGUUUUUUUUAAUGAAUGAUGGAAACUAGCCGAAUGUGUACAGCAGAGGGCAAACUUGUACCACAAAUACAUCAUGUCCUCUGAUGUUAGGGGAGCUUUUGCUCAUUCUGAAGAGCUUGCUGAAACAACAAGUGAUUAUGUUUAUGUCAACACUAGUUUGUAAAAACAGAUUGACAUGGAUGUGCAAUGGAGAGUGUUUUACUUGGGGGAUUUGAUAAAAAUCUACGGCAUGAAAUGUUCACCUGCUAUUAAGAGACAGUAUUACGUUAAAAAUAUGCCAUAAAGUGGGAAUAUCAAUGAUACGCAGAUAGAAGACCGUACUCCUCACCAGCAAAUUAACUCAAUAAUACCAAAAAUCAAACAAGGCUAUCACAAUCUAGCAAUUGCAGGAUAGCAAAACACUGUGAUAACAAUAUUGUAUGUAUCACUAUUGUAUCAUAAUACACUGUGAUAUCAAAAUUCAAUAUUGUUGCCUCGAUACUAUUCAGUAAUAGGCAUGUGCCGGUAUUUAUAACCUUAAAACAAAAUAUCACGGUUUCACUGUAUCACGGUAUUGCAAUUACAGAUCUAAAAUGUGUAAAUUUGAUAUAUCUGGGUUUUAAAAAGAAAAAAAAAAACAUUUUUCCAUUGAACACGAUUUUUAUUUUUAACAUUAGCAAAAUUGGAACAUAUGUAUAAUGUUAAGUUAAAAUAAAAUUUUAAAAAAUCUAAAUAAUAUUAAAAUACAUGCAGUCCUUUAGGUGAGCCUAUACCCACAGCCACAGCUUAACAUUAUUACCAUCAGAACAAAAAUAAUUGAAUUUUCCAUAAAAAGCACAUCUGUAUGACUCGUAUCAUGUUUACAUUAUACACGUACUCUCUUUCUCAACACAGACAGUUGCCGGUGAGAAAAAAAAAAACAAGUUUUAACACCGCUAGACACACUAAACACACUGGAGUUAACUCUCGUAGCUUUUGGGAAAUGUUCAUGACAGUGUUUACUAACCUUUAAUUUUGUAUAAAAGCGAAAUCGUUUCGGAGGUAUUGCCUUCUCGGCAGCCACCCUCCGCAAAUAUGUUUUACAUGUCGGUCUGCCCUCCUCUUCUAAUCCGUGGCCGUCUGUCACUUUUCUGUAGCCGAAGUAUUCCAAUACCAGCGAUUUCGUUUUCUUCGAUGGGGGGAAAAUGUUUAGGAGUUUCCCCUCCUCCAGUCAUCGUGUAGCACAGCUGAAUCACUGACACUGAGCAACAACUGGUGCUGGAGGGUUGAGCCUUGCAACUGCAUGUGAGGGAUUUCUCCAUGUAUUUUUGGGACAUAAAACAUAGCUAAUACCUUAGGGACGGUAUGACGGAAAAUUUUUGCGGUUUUGAAACCUUGACAUUUUCAUAACACGGUAUAUCUUGAAACCGGUAAUCGGCACAUGUCUAUUCACUAAUGAUAUAUCUCAUGCAAAUUUAUCAAUAUUGGUAAAAAAAAAAAAAAAAUCUUUAAAAUUAUUUGUCAAACGUCUCAUUCACAAUGAUUUUUAAUGUUAUUGUUUUAUACUAGAUUUGGCUAAAGUUAAAAGCCCUUAAGUGUUGGCAAUAUUUUAAAUUGUACCUUAUAUUUUUAUUAAUAUUUACCAUUUUAUACUAAUACUACUUAUAUAGCACUAAUAUUAAUGACAAAAUAAAAUUAUACGAAGGACACAUCUAUGAGGGGCACAAUUUUAUUGUCGUCUACAUUAGGAAUGUUUGGCUUGCUAGGGGUCUGCAGCUUCUCUUUGUACACCACAGUAACUUUGUUUCUGUUGUACUGCUAAAAUAAUAGUUAGAUAAAUUUAGUAAAAUUAAAUUCGCAAUAGAAAAAGCCGUACACAAAAAAGACAAAUGAACAAUCCAGUUGUAAAGAUUUGGUAAAUAUUUACUGUAUACACUUCAUAAAUUUAAGAGGCAAAACUAUUAUAGUUUCCAAGUCUAAAUAGAAGUAAAUUUUGUGAAACUGAAUCUGCCAGUGAAGAGAACAAAGAGGAGCUUGUAUAUGAAUGUCGUCAUAAACGCUCCGAGGCAUUCUGACUUCAGAGGGUUCAGGCUCGGUGAUGCUUUGGAUUGGGGGGAAAUUUGUGAGGAUUUUAUGAAGGAUUAUUCCAUGCACAUGCAGGAGCAGCUGCCAUGCACAUGCUGGUGUGUGUCAUUUAAUGUGUGUAUAUGACUGUUUCAAAUGGAUCCGCAGGUUGGAAAACCAUCAUUCAAGUGGACAAUGUACAGGUACUUUUUUUUUCAUAAUAGCUAGUUUGGUAGGACAUAGAAUUUUCCUAGCCUAAAAAGCAAGCAAACUGUUACAAAGCUGACACAUGCAAUUAAUGCAGUUGCAUUUUCAAUAAAGUGUGUAAAAGCAUUAGAAUUUCUGGACACAUUACAUUGGCUGAGUUUUUUUUCUCCCACGACUUGAAUGUUUUUGUCGUCUGUCCUCGCACUCUUUGUCGCACAGAUGAGGAUUACACCGGCGUACGGUUUCAUCCUGUUCUCAGAAUUCUCUACCAGACAGCUGCUCAGGCCACACAAAGGUCAAAGAUGUGUGUCAAUGGAUGUGUACGUCCAUUGUCUGCCUUGUACUACACAGUGUGUGUGUAGCUCUAUUUUAUUGUACGGUCCGAUUUGUACUAUUAUUGGUCUUACAGAUUUGUGGAGCAAAUUCCAAAUACUGUGCACUUAAUAUCUCAAAUGUAUUGUAAAUACUAGAACUAAAACUACCGUCACCACCUGGGAAAUCCAUUCGGGGUCUGGAUGAAAUUGAACCUCAUUUUAGUUCUUGUGUUCCGACAUAAGCACUACUAAUUAAAGUCUGACCUAAUGCAAUGUGACAGACGUAUAAAAAUCUCCAAA